AUGGUGUGGAGUGUGGGGGAGGUGCUAAACUGUACAGACUUUGUGAACUUGCUCAGAAAUGACUAUCUUUCUCCAGCCUAUGGCAUGGAGUCCUGCAUUGGUGUCCCUGGUAACCUGUUGGCUCUACUGGCUUAUAUAUUUUGCUUGUCAGAGUGGCAAAGCUGCAACAUUUACCUCUUCAACCUGGCAGUCUCCAACCUAGUUUUCCUCUGCACGCUGCCACGCCUCUCGUAUCUUUAUGCCAAUAAUCAAACAGAAACCCAACCUUUUGCUUGUGUUUUCAACCGCUAUGUCCUGCAUGUCAACCUGUAUUCGUCCAUACUCUUCAUGGUUUGGGUUAGCAUGGACCGCUUCCUGCUUGUAAAGUAUCCAUCACGGAACCACUACCUGCUGAGGGUGCGAACAGCUCUGAUAUUGACAGGACUGAGCUGGAUAGCAGUCAAUGUGGAAGUUGCUCCCAUGGUAGUGCUCAUGGUUCAGGACCUGCAGAGCAGAAACUGGAGUCUUUGCAAGGAUUUUGCCAGCCUAAAUGGAGAUAUGAAUUUACUAGGUUACAGCCUUGGUCUAACCUUGACUGGAUACAUUGUCCCUUUGUUGGCACUUUGUGGCUUCUCUCUUCAAAUUUCUCAACUGCUCCAAACUCAGGAAAAGGCUUUACAGCGCAGAACAACAUCCUACAAGAGACCUCUCAGGAUAGUUGCAGCAACUACAGCCAUGUUCCUUACUCUAUAUACUCCCUACCAUGUGAUGCGUAAUAUCAGAAUAGCAUUUAGGCAACCGUGGGCAGCAGGGAUGGAGCUUUGUAUAAAGACAUACUCAGAGGGCCUGUACAUCCUGAGCAGACCACUGGCUUUCCUCCAUAGCGCCAUCAAUCCUGUUUUUUACUUUUUUGUGGGUGAUAAGUUCAGAGAGCUCCUAAUUACUAAACUUAAAAAAAUGGUCAGAAGAACAGGAUAGCAAAUAAGAACAAUAAAACAGCAUAAAUGAACAACAAC